AGGAGACUGCUUGCUGCCGCGCCGCGGAUGCACUGCAAACGCUCCUGUUGUGAUGCUGAUGAGGACAUUUCGGCCACUUUUUGCUUUGUGAUCGACAUUGUGAUCAACAGCAGACCCUGUACGCUUACAGCGCAGCCAUUAAGACGACGUUCAUGACUAGAGCAUCCACAUUCUACAGCCUAUUGCAGUCAGAAAUUAUGGGUCAGAUGAACAGAAGAGUAAACUUACUAUUCGCUUCUUGGGCAUAAAGUGCGACUUUGACCGAGACAUAGGAGCCGAUUUUGAUGCGAUGACGUCGCAUAUGCAAUUCUUUCGCUUUCGCAUGGUUGGCAUGAAAGUUUCCCAUCAUUAUUUGAACCAUCAAGCUUCCCCCAUCGAAUAUCGGACAAGUUCACCGAAGACUUCUCAGCAUGGCAGAAUCUCAUCCUAACACGUCUGAGCCACAGACGUACUUCGAACAACGAUUCAAUAGCCAGUUACAGCGGCCACCUCCCCGAUCGGUUCGCGGUGCAGACACGGCAACCAGCAUUGCAAAAAUAGCGACAGCUGGUCUUGAUACACCAUACAGUCUGGCACAAACGAACAAUCGCACCAGCAGAAGACCAGCCACCAUGCAGCGAAGUGCAACUAACGGAACCGUGGGGACUAGCGAUACUCAAUGGCUUGCAAAGAAGCAGCAACAGCUGGUAGACGUAGAGAAUGAGUACUUCAGGCUCAAUCCAUGGUACAACCAGCAAAAAGAGAAGCCAGUCUUCGGCCUCGGUCAGCCUCUUCCGCAUACCAUGCGUCGCGGAAUGUGGUGGGGUAAGAGCGAUUUGAAGAAGCGGAUGGAGGAGCUUGAGGCAGAGCAGGCGGACGUUCAAAAAGGCAUUGAUGCGCGUGAUGGGCUGGAUAUGGCGGAAGAGAAAGAGUCUGAAGGUGGGUCAAAUGGCUCUCAGACUCCGCUUCGACCAGGACAGUCCUCCCAGCAGGCCUACAGUGCAGACAUUCAGUCCUAUAGCAAAGGGCGUAUGCCGAACGUGCGUCGACCAACAUCCAAUACCCACUCCAUGGCCGGCAAGCAGCGGAAUGAUGACUCGGCUCCAGAGAAUGCUCCAGUCAACAAGCAUGGAUUGGAUGAAGCCGACCAAGGCAACAACGGGAGAAACAACUUUGGUCUCCAGGAUGGCCUCCAUCCCCUCCGAGAACUCGACACAAGUGAAACAACGCAAACUCAGAAGGAAGAGAAAGAGGAACAAAAGAAAGAGCACGAGCAACAGCAAGAAUACUACAACCAAUAUCGCAACCCAAUUGCGAGACUUCGAGCACAAUACCCUCAGGCACCGGCCGAAUUCCUAGCUACGUUCAUAUACCUGUUUCUCGGAAUAUGUGCCAACCUUUCCAUUGCGACUUCAUCCGAAUCCACUGGCAAUUUCGAGACGCAAGCCUGGGCGUGGGGUUUCGCUGUGACAGUAGGCAUCUACUUAUCUGGUGGUGUCUCUGGUGGCCAUCUUAGUCCUUGUAUUACGAUUGCGCUUUCGAUCUUCCGUGGUUUCCCGUGGCGGAUGGCCAUCGUAUACAUAGCCAUGCAAAUGCUAGCUGGCCUGGCUGCAGGCGGUCUGGCGUAUGGGAUCUACUAUGAUGCGAUUAACACUAUGGAUCCACGGCAUACGCUCGACAUAACAGGCAAAGCCCUCUUUCCUAAGGGUCCCGCAUUUACACCAACAACAGCAUUCCUCAACGACUUCGUCUUCAUGGCAGUGUACACCUGCAUCGCCUUCGCUCUGGGAGACGACCAGAACUCGCCUCCCGGCCAAGGCAUGACGGCUUUGAUAUUUGGCUUCAUGGGGUACCUGAUGACAGUCUCCCUCGGCUACAACACCGGACUCGGCAUCUCGCCUGCACGCGACUUAGGUCCCAGGCUUGUUGGCCUGUGGGCAGGCUACGAUGCGUUCAGCGAUUCCUAUUGGGCUUAUGGACCUUUUGGUGCAUCGACGAGCGGUGCAAUAUUUGGGGCCUUCAUCUACGAUCUGUUCAUCUUCGCGGGUGGAGAGUCGCCGGUGAACUACAGGUGGCCGCAGAAGGGCGACAUCAAGUGGAAGGUGCACGAGAAGAAGAAGCAGGUAAAGAACAAGAUUCAAAACGCAGUAUAG